AUGUUAAAGUUACGUCAAUUACAAGAGCAGAAGAAAAGGGAACUGCAUCUCAAGACCGCUACUGAUGGAAGGGCAAUAAGUGCUACGAGACAGAUAUCCGCCGCGAGAAUAAGACUACAAAGAGAUAUAGAUGAUUUGGAACUACCUCCAACGGUGUCGUUAACAAUAUGUAUAUCACCAACUGACCCAUCAUCCUUAGAUAAUCCAUUGCUGGAUGUUAUAAUAUCUCCAGACGAAGGUUACUACAAGAAUGGUCAUUUCAGAUUUAGUCUAGAAUUUAAUGAUAAUUACCCAAUGGAACCACCAAAGGUUGUGUGUAGGAACAGAAUAUAUCAUCCAAACAUAGAUGUACAGGGCAAAGUAUGUCUGAAUAUUCUCAGAGAGGACUGGUCUCCAGCAUUAGAUUUGCAAAGUAUCAUCGUCGGGUUACUCUUUCUAUUUCUAGAACCCAACGCAAAAGACCCACUAAAUACAGAUGCUGCUGCGGUUUUUAGCAAGGAUUCAAAUGCUUUUGCCAAGUUUGUUCGAAAAACGAUGGAGGGAUAUUCUCUUAACUCCGUGUCAUACGAUUAUGUACUAUGA